CCACUCUUGUUAUGCCGCUUCCAUUUGAGAAUAGGUUAACUUAACCAGUUUGUGAGAGUGAGAUCAACAGUGACCAUGCGACGAUUGUGUUCCUUCCCUUCGCGAUACGGAUACGAUUUUGAUACAAAAACAUGAUGUAAACAGAAGCUCGUUAAAAGCAAUAAUGUAAUAAGAACAAUAUCAACAACAGUUUAAGAGAAAACUAGUCAAAAUGUUUCGUGUAACUUUUUGUUUAUUUAUGCUCAUCAAAGUAGCUACCCAACAGAGUAUUGCUACGGAGAUUGAUGACAUCCUACCUCAUCAUGAUAGAUGCCAACCAAUUACAGUUCCUUUCUGCAAGGAUAUACCCUAUAAUCAGACGAUUCUUCCGAAUAUGUUAGGCCAUACCACUCAAGAAGAAGCCGGUUUAUUGGUUCACCAACUGUUUCCCUUGAUGAAAAUAAAUUGUAGUAUACAUUUUCAGUUUUUUAUGUGUUCAGUGUUCUUACCUGUGUGUACAAUCUUAGAUCACCCCUUGCCACCUUGCAGACCGUUAUGCCUGGCGGUUAAACAAGGUUGUGAAGUUAUCAUGAAUAAAUUCGGGUUCGAGUGGCCUCAGUAUUUGGCUUGUGAACAAUACCCAAUGAAUUCAUCGAGUUCGAAUCUGUGUGUCCCAGGAAAUGUUAGUGAAACGAUUCAUUACAACCAAGAUAUCGGUUUUGACGAUAUCGAAGUGACUAAACACAAAGCUCCGCAUCGUGGUGGUAAGGGCAGAGGAAGAGACAUAGGAUUCGUAUGUCCCGAACAAUUCAAGGUUCCCGAGAUUUUGGAAUAUUCAUUCAAAGUGGGAGAACGGGUCGAGAAGAAUUGCGGUGCGCCAUGUAAAAUGAUGUUUUUCAGCGAGAACAAAAGGCAGUUCGCGAAAGUUUGGAUAGGGAUAUGGGCGAUCAUAUGUUCCGUCAGUUGUCUGUUUACGGUUUGCACUUUUUUGAUCGACAACGAUAGGUUCAGGUAUCCUGAACGUCCGAUUAUUUUCUUGUCGCUUUGUUACCUCAUGGUGGCUAUAGCGUACGUGAUAGGUUUCCUGGCAGGUGAUUCCAUAGCUUGUAGGGAGCCAUUCCCGUCAAAACAUGGUACAAUCACAGUGAGCACCAUCACUCAAGGGACCAAAUACGAACUGUGUACCAUACUGUUUAUGGUUUUGUAUUUUUUCACCAUGUCCUCGAGUAUAUGGUGGGUGGUUCUGACACUCACUUGGUUCUUGGCUGCUGGUUUGAAAUGGGGCCAUGAGGCUAUCGAAGCAAAUUCCCAGUACUUUCAUCUAGCUGCGUGGGCUAUACCAGCCAUCAAGACGAUUGCCAUAUUAGCUAUGGGCAAGGUAGAUGGUGACGUCUUGAGCGGGGUAUGCUACGUUGGAAUUUGGAACAAAGACGCCCUCCGAGUCUUCGUCAUGGCACCUUUCUGCGUAUACCUUGUCUUUGGUUUCAUCUUCAUAACAGUCGGCUUCGUUUCUUUGUUCAGGAUACGUACUGUAAUGAAGCACGAUGGCACCAAAACGGACAAACUCGAGAAACUCAUGAUAAGAAUUGGGAUCUUCUCAGUUUUAUACACCGUACCUGCAGUUGUUAUCAUCGGAUGUUUGUUUUACGAACAUAUCUAUUUGGACGAGUGGAUGUUGACGUGGACUAGAGACAUGUGCAAGAAACACACGAAAUACGCCGUGCCUUGUCCGCGAACUGAAAAACACCAGUACUUAAAUCCGCAGUUCGAGGUGUUCAUGGUCAAGUACUUAAUGUACAUGAUUGUCGGGAUUACGUCUAGCGUCUGGAUUUGGUCGGGUAAGACCAUGCACAGUUGGAAGGUUUUCUUUCAUAAACUACAAAGAAGGCAUGUCGAAGCUUAUGUCUGAGUAAUAAAAUACUUGAAUUCGGUAAAUGCCACAUAGUAUUUCGAGUUUCAAUUCGAUUAAUCGGAUGCUGACCUUAAUGUUUCUCAUUUUGUCGAUAUGGUGCUUAAACUUAUGGAUGCAUUGCUUUGGUAUCUUCGUAUAUCCUUCAUUCCGUUAGAAAUGAUGAAUACAAGAAAAUCUCCCAAAAUAUCGACUGACCGUAGCAGCUUGAAUACAAACUAAAUGAGAUAGUAUUGAGAAAUGUAUAUAUGUAUAAUCUAGAAGUCAAAGCUUUUUAAGGAACCUCUGGAAUAUUUGAACAAGUUGAAAUUGAAUAAUUUUUCAUGUCAAUUUAAUUGAAAUAAUAAAAAUUGAGGUACCAAGUAGGUAAUUGCUAUCUAUUUUUUGGUUGUAUACAUCUUAUAAAAUUCCCACUUAGGACAUCCUUUUCAAAAUUAAGCAAUGGUUUUCCAGAGCAGCACUAUAUGGAAAUUCAAAAACAUAUUGAUAAUGUAAAAGCAUGUAUUAUUUAUUACACAAACAUGAUCAAUUCCGACAUUCCCUCAAUUAUACAUUAUUUAUUUCUUUUCAAUGCCUCUCAUCCUAACCGAAAGUUUAUUGUUGAACCUUUCCGUUCAAUACAAUUUUUUUAAUUAUGGCAGCAAUCUGAAGGAGGUAAUGAGAAGCAUUGAAAACAUUAAAUUAUUGAAGGUGUAAUUAUGAGUAGUUUGUUUACAUCCCCAAAAUUAUCAUUGUUUGUUGUAACCGAUUGAUUGUUUAUUAAUUAUUCGAGUGUAAUUGGAACUGAAAUUCUAAAGGAUUAAUUUUCAGUUCUAAUUUUCCUGUUUAAGUCUGUUGGACUGCUACUACCAAACUUAUUAUAGUGUAAUAUAUAUUUGUACAUAUUUGUAGAUUCCUUGAUUCAUUUCUGAAAUACGAAAACUUCUUUUCGACAAUUCUAACUUUUUUGACGAUGUUCAUGACUUCCAUAUUUAUGAAGAAUAUCAGGAUAUAUUAAAACCAUAUUUUUUGUAUGAGCUCAAAUCUCACUGUUGUCUAAGUAGUGUCUUUUUUAUCAUUAAUAUAAUCUAUAUUUUCUUACAUUUUUAUAAUAAAGCAAUAUUAUAAUGUAACAUUUAUCAAUGUCGCCUUCUAAUAUUCAGGUUGAAAAUAUUUAUUUAUGUAAAUUUUUGGAUUGAUAAAAAUGUUAUGAAGAUAAAAUAUAAAAAUUACUGUUUCUUAUA